UGCGACUUAAAAUUUGUGUUUACGAUGUUGGAUGGAGAAAAAAUUGACAGGUCACAUUGAUCAUAUACAGGGUUGAUAAAUAAUGCAUCACUUCUAAUUUCUUUCCAUCAGGAGCGUCGUAGAAAAAAGUUGAUAUUAUUGUUAGUUUACAUCCACUUCCUCAGAGGGCAGUAGUGCGCGGCAGUCAUCUGUCUCAAGAAUCUCAAAGCACAAAGGUGUGAUUUGUAACGGAACUAAAAGGAGUUCUUGAUUGUAAUUUGCAUCACUAUUUUGGAUUUCGAGCUUCAGAAAAGAGGGGGAAAUUUUUUAUUGAUUUUGUUUCGUCUGAUUCUAUCUUGAAGAUGUUUGUGGCUCGAUUACAUUGCUCGGUUCUCUUAGUGCGAAUGGAGGUGCUCCGAAGUUAAAUGAGGAACAAUAAUAUAAUUCUUCGCGAACGGUGUCGCCGACUAAUAGAUAACCUCUCCAGUGUCGUACAUUUCAAAAUAAUUAAAAAAUGAGUGCAAAUAUCAAUCUACAACCAAGAAAGAAAAUUAAUCUUUUAUAUCGAUAUGGAUAUGUUCUAUUGAUGCUCGCAUGCAUGGUACUUGCAACUAUUCAAUCACAUAUUGGCGCAACAAACGGUAUAAUCAACGGUAACUUUAUUAUUCGCUAUUUCGCUGUGCCUUUAAUGUACUUAGAAGCCGGAUUAUCAUGCGAUCCCAAGUCUCUUUACUCAACAUUGAGGGACGGCUAUCUUCUGACAUUUGUGAUGGUUUUCGUAUAUAUUUUGAUGCCCUUUUUAGUACGAAUCGGGACAUACUUGUUAAUGACCUAUGCGAAAGUUAAUAUAUGGCUGCUAAAAGGAAUGGAGGUCCUUUACUGUAUGCCACCGCCAUUUAGUACUGGACUUGCUUUGUGUCGUUUGGCACAAGCUGAUUUACCUACGAGCGUAAUUACCACGCUAGUGUCGCACUUUGGAGGAUUAUUCUUAUCUCCUAUUUUAUUGUAUCUAAUGUUAGGAACAUCUACUCCACCAUUAGUUGGGAUCAACAUUAGAGAAAUUAUAUACAGCACACUUUUUCCCUUGGGAAUGGGCAUCAUCCUCCGGAUGUUCAUAUUGAAAAAUAAAUUCUUGGAUGUUAAUACAAGUUGGUUUUCCCAAGGUUUAUUGCUGAUAAUAGCAUAUCACUGGUUUUGCGAUGCUGUUGUGGCAGAUGCUUCAUCGUUGCAAGCAGUCGAUGUACUGUUCUGCGUACUUAUUGGUAAAAUAUUUAACUUAUAUAAUUUCUUAAUUAUUUCUCAUCUUGGAUUCAACGCUAUAUAUGUAUCUUUUCAAGCAUGCCUGGCUCAGAUCUUUCUUAGCAGUUUAUGCUGGAUUUUAUGCUCCCAGUGGUUACCACGAAAUGUUCUGUUGGCUGCAUUAUUUACCAGCACUCACAAAUCCGUUAGUCUCGGCGGUUGGAUCUUACGUGGAGCAUAUCACGGCUCAGCUCACGGGCCAGCAGUGAAUUUACCAUUGAGGAUAUUACCUGUUGCGCAAUUGUUGCUAGGUAGUUUGUUAGCCAGCUGGCUGGCUCCAUGAAAAAAAAACUGAAUCAGUAGAAUUACGGAUAAAUUUUAGAAGGAAUUUAAUGACAUUGAAUUAUUAAAA